GCAGAGCAGCGAACACACACAUGCAGCCAGACCAGCCGAGCAGGCAAAUGAGGGAUGGACGCACUUCCAUUCGCGCUCCGGAAUAACGGAUUAGCAAGUGACAUCGCAGAACAGACGGUGAUUAUUGAACUAUUACAAAUCCAUUAAAACAGGCAGUAUUACACACCACUCUCUUUAGUAGGAAGCGCAGGAAUCACUUCCUGGAAUUUCACCAUCCAGCAGUUUGGAAACUAUAAACGAACAAUGCAUUCUGCCGCAGACAACUAACUUAAAAUAAAUACAUACCGAGGCAAUAACAGAAAAGAGUGACAGACUCUCUUUUAUCAAAUAUUUCUCUUCUCUCUCUACUCUCCUUUCAGGAGAACCUGAUAAGCCUCAGCGAUUCUCACCACCCGACCAGCGCGUCCGUCAGUAGGGUCACCUUCGUAAUUAACACGGGCGCCUUGUGGACGUGCGUGUGAGUGAGCUAGAGACCGUUAUCCAUUUGGAGCGAGAGGGGAAGAAAGAGAGUCUGGAUAUAACCACUAUCCAAUCCUCCAGACAGCAGCAGAAGCCGCAACCGGACUCGGUCCUCCAGAGUAGCCAUCUAGCCGCACCCCCAGUCCCGCAGCCCCAUGCAGGAUGCCCGGAGGGGAGCGCUGGUCCUGGGGUGUCCUCCUGGUCCUACUCAGCCCGAGUUCAUGACACCCUGGGCUGCUUCAUCAUGCGUCUCCUACCCGCUCCAAGCGCUCACUCUCUCCGGCUACUCUUUCUCUUUAUCUUCGUGAUGGGGGUGGCCCCUUCCCCGGCUCUUACAGCAGGCUGCCCUGACAGGUGUGUGUGUGACGACCAGCUGGUGGUCCAGUGUGCCGGGCAGGAGCUCACCCUCUUCCCCAACGACCUCCCUCUAGCUACCCGCCAACUCAUCAUCUCCAACAACCGCAUCGGAGAACUUCCAGCAUUGCAACUCAAUUACCUGUCUGAUCUAGUAUACCUGGACGUCAGCAACAACACCCUGAUGGAGAUCUCAGAGUCCACCUUCGGGAAUCUCCGGAAGCUGGCCUACCUUGACCUGUCCUUCAAUACACUGACCCAGAUCGAGGACCGGACGUUUGGACCGUUGUCUAGCCUUGUGAUGCUACGGCUAACAGACAACCCGGGGCUAAGUGAGAUCCACCCGGAUGCGUUCUCAGAGAACAUGGCUCUGCAGGUGCUGGAUGUGAGCAGGAACAACCUGACGACGCUGAACAUCAGCUCUCUGAUUGCCCUGCCCUCUCUGCGCUCCAUGGGGCUCAGUGGAAACCCCUGGAGGUGUGACUGCGAGACGGAGGACCUCUGCCUCUGGGUCCAAAUAGAAGGAUUCAAGUUCCAAGACGAGGGCCAGACAGUGUGCCAGGGGCCUGCAGAGCUGUCUGGGCAACGGCUGGCUGAAGUGGGCAUGCAGCUGAGGGCAGACUGCCACCAGGGCCUGGGCUACUGGGACUACCUGUUCUUCAUCGCUAUCGGCUUCGUCAUCUUCAGCGCCGGCACCGUGUCGGCAUGGGUGAUGGGUGUCCUCAUGGUGCUGUACGAGAGAUACAACAAGAGAAAGGGGGAAGACAUGGACAGUGAUGACGAGGAGGAGAGACAUAUGGGGGGAGGGAUGAUGGGGGGAGGGAAUCAGGGGAAUGGGGAUGUGAAUAAGCCUUGCAUGCAAGUGUGAUUGAGUUAUGAGGAGGAGGGGGAGAGGAAGAGGGGAUGGGACUCUGAACAGCCGGAAGAGAAGAGGCGAAAAAGGCAGAAGAGGAAGAAGAGAGGAUACGAAGAGCUAUGGAGUGAGACGGAAGGACACUGAAGAAAAGAAGAGGAAUGGAGUCAUUUGAAUAAAGGACACUGGGACUUUGUACUCUGUAGAAAGACAGUCCUGUCUUUCAGGACAGACAUUUUACCCCGUGUGUGUGUGUGUGUGUGUGUGUGUGUGUGUGUGUGUGUGUGUGUGUGUGUGUGUGUGUGUGUGUGUGUGUGUGUGUGUGUGUGUGUGUGUGUGUGUGUGUGUGUGUGUGUGUGUGUGCGAGUGAGAGAGAGCAAUAAGGGGAAAUAGGCCUUCCACUUCAGGACUACAGAGUGACUUCUGAACUAUUAAGAGCAAUAAGCCCCCCACUGUUACAUCACACACACACACUCAUCACAGAUGGUAAGAGCUGGUUUCUCUGGUAAAUCAAAAAGACCCUGGAAUAGUGAAUAAACCGGUACACACACAGUUUGUAAGUCUACAGUAUGUUAAUAUUCUAGUUCUGCCCAGAGUUAGCUACGGUAACUGGGGCAGAACCAUUGCACAGCAUCUCUCUCACCAGGGGGAACAAGUGAUUCAUAGGUCUAGACAAACCCUGCCCCUCCUCUGUCUCCCCCACCUCCCUUCUGUCCACCUCAAACUCUUUAGCACAGAGCAUACACAUGAGAAUAGUGUGUGUGUUAGCCAGGUUAUUUCCAGUGUAGUUGAUGAGAGCAGCAGUGUGUGUGUGAGCCAGGUUAUUUCCAGUGUAGUUGAUGAGAGCAGCAGUGUGUGUGUGAGCCAGGUUAUUUCCAGUGUAGUUGAUGAGAGCAGCAGUGUGUGUGUGAGCCAGGUUAUUUCCAGUGUAGUUGAUAAGAGCAGCAGUGUGUGUGUGUGAGCCAGGUUAUUUCCAGUGUAGUUGAUGAGAGCAGCAGUGUGUGUGUGAGCCAGGUUAUUUCCAGUGUAGUUGAUGAGAGCAGCAGUGUGUGUGUGAGCCAGGUUAUUUCCAGUGUAGUUGAUGAGAGCAGCAGUGUGUGUGUGAGCCAGGUUAUUUCCAGUGUAGUUGAUAAGAGCAGCAGUGUGUGUGUGAGCCAGGUUAUUUCCAGUGUAGUUGAUGAGAGCAGCAGUGUGUGUGUGAGCCAGGUUAUUUCCAGUGUAGUUGAUGAGAGCAGCAGUGUGUGUGUUUAUAUGUGGGCAUAGAGCAUUAGGAGGAUGUCAGCACUACGUUUCACUGGGUGGGUAAUUUGUAAUCACACUCCGUGUCCCUGCCUACUGAGACGCAUCCACACUGACACACAUGCACUCCUCUCAAGGGCACAGCUAAAGUCAGACCCUCAGGCCUGGAAACAUUAACACCCCUCUUUCCAUCCAUCUUUCCAUCCCUCUCUCCAUCCCUCCACACGCGGGAGAUGAGUCCAUAGCUGUCACUACAUGCACCCACACAUGCGAACAAGCAGGCACACAAGCAAGUAGACACUCACAUACUCAUGCACACACACAGACACUGACACACACACAUUAACAUACGCACACAGACACACACACAUUAACAUACGCACACAGACACACACACACAAACAUACGCACACAUGCACAGACACAGAUACACAGCUCAAUUGUCAAAGCUUUAGCUGGUCAAUAUCAGAUGAUAGAUUUAUGAGCAGCUAAACCAUCUCAGCAGACUCACAGCCUCAGGACAGAUUAGACUGCUGUUCAGGUGUCUGUUCCAUGUAUUGGGGGGCUGAUUUUAUGUUGACAGGGCCAGAAGGGGUACGUGUUAACUCCUGAGAGGACAGAGCAGGGUAUAAAUACUAUCACUGAAGGAGCAACAGGAUCAGGGGGAUUUGGGGUGUGUAAAGGGUGUAAGAGGUGUGGGGGUAAAGGGUUUGAGUCCAGUGGUUGGUAUGUAAGGGUGUAGAGAGGUCAUGUAGGGGGGGUGUGUUUACAAAUGGAAGGCUUGGGUAUGUGUGUGUGUGUGUGUGUGUGUGUGUGUGUGUGUGUGUGUGUGUGUGUGUGUGUGUGUGUGUGUGUGUGUGUGUGUGUGUGUGUGUGUGUGUGUGUGUGUGUGUGUGUGUGUGUGUGUGUGUGUGUGAGGGUUCUCUCUCGGUUACAGAACUGUUGUUGCGCAGUGAGUCGCCAAGGGCAAUGUACUAGAAUCUUGCUGAUGUCAGCAACUGACCAAUAAGAGUAUCCUCUGGCACCUGAGGCCCCCUUUCAUCCCCCGAGAGCUCUGUGUGUCUGUGUGUGUGUGUGUGCAUGCUGUGACCUCAGCCAAGGUCCUGUGAGUGUAUCAUUGUGUGUGGCUCUUGCUUCUGGUUGACUCAGGGGUGAGGGGGUUGGUAUAUUAAACAGCCAUCAACGUUCAUGCAUUGUUGCAGAACGUCAUGAUCUUGCCAUCAGAUAAGGGCUGCAUCUCAAGUCUACAGGGGCUUCCUCUACUUGUCUCCUCUCCUUCAUAUGCACUAGUGCUUCUCUAGGGACUUGAAAUGAAGGAGACGAGACAAGAAAAGGAAUCUUAAAACUGUAAACUGUUGCACCUGAGGAGAGCCGUCAUAGAAACCGAUUACUGAUAAUAAUAAUAAUAAUAAUAAUAAUAACAAUAUUAAUCCUGUUCAGAUCCGAGAGUAAAAAGAGAGAAGUAGAUCUCUGUCUUAGCGCUGUCAGUGCCAUCAAUAAUCUAGUGAUAUUGGUGAAAUGAUCCAGUUACUUACGUGUCCUUAAAAAUUGCCUUUAACAAAUUACAAAAAAACUUUUCGUUGUGUUCAAAUGUGUAGCAUAUUAAAAACUUUAUAGCUUA